AUGCUGUUUAUUAGCCGGAACUUUGCCUCGUCAUUCAAACCCGUGUGUAAUAGCCUCUUGCACAAUGCUCGUUUUUAUUCCACCUUGGACUCUUCUAAAUUAGUCAUUGAGAAAACGACAAACCCUAAACCGCAAAUUCCCCAAAAUGAGCUAGUAUUUGGUAAAUAUUUUACAGAUCAUAUGCUUGAGAUAGAAUGGGACAAGGAAACUGGUUGGAAAAGUCCUAAAAUUUCACCCUAUCAUAACUUGUCACUAGACCCAUCGACUAUUGUGUUCCAUUACGCGUUUGAGUUAUUUGAAGGUAUGAAAGCAUACAAGGGUGCUCAAGGAGAGAUUCGAACUUUCAGAGGUGAUAAAAAUAUGGUUCGAAUGAAUAAAUCAGCAGAAAGAAUAGCAUUGCCACAAUUUGACGGUGAAGAAUUGUUAAAAUUAAUUGAUCAACUAUUAAUUUUAGAUAAGAAGUUCAUUCCUCAAGGAAAGGGUUAUUCCUUGUAUAUUAGACCAACUAUGAUUGGCACUUCUGCUUCUUUGGGAGUGAGCGUGCCUGAUAAGGCAUUGUUGUAUGUGAUUUGCUCGCCAGUGGGACCUUAUUAUUCGCUGGGGUUCAAACCCGUGAGUUUAGAAGCCACAGACUAUGCAGUUAGAGCUUGGCCUGGUGGUGUUGGUGAUAAGAAGUUGGGUGCAAAUUACGCUCCAUGUGUAUUGCCCCAGUUGAAGGCCGCAGAAAAAGGGUUCCACCAAAACUUGUGGCUAUUCGGUGAUGAAGGUUAUAUUACAGAAGUAGGCACUAUGAAUGCAUUUUUUGUAUUAAAGGAUGCAAAAACUGGUAAGAAAGAAUUAGUCACUGCUCCAUUAGACGGUACGAUAUUAGAAGGUGUUACAAGAGACUCAAUUCUAGAAUUGGCUAGAGAUAGAUUAUCCCAGGAUGAAUGGGUAAUAAGUGAACGCAAGUUCACAAUACAUGAGAUCAAACAAGCUGCCAAGGAAGGUUGUUUGGUUGAAGCAUUUGGUGCUGGAACUGCAGCUGUUGUUUCUCCAAUUAAAAACAUUGGCUACAAAGGUGAAGACAUAAACGUUCCUAUAUCACUUGGAAACUCUGGUGAAUUAACCGCACAAGUAGCUGAGUGGAUAAGAAAGAUUCAAUAUGGAGAAGAGGAGUACAAAGGUUGGUCAAGAAUUGCCAAAGUAUAA